CGUACGGUCAGCUGAUCUCGGGGUCUGCGGUGAGGAAGAUGUCGCUGAAAAACAGUGGAAGGAUGGAGGUCGUAUUCGCUGUGGCGUUUGUUUUCUGUUUCGCUACCAAGGCGGGCGUUUGGGGGGACAACUUAACAGUGCUGCAAACUCCAGAGUUUGUGUCCUUCCAGAAAGGAGAAUGGCCAAUCUCCGGAGAGAAGAUCCCUGACCUGGUGGCUCUAACUAUGGGCUUCUCUAUUCAGGAGGAUCUAUCCUGGCCAGGUCUCCAAGCUGGGCCACUGUUCCAGCGUCCCAGAGCUAAUGUGCUGGUGGUGGUGAGGGGGGUUGACAGCCUGGCUCUGCCCCAGAGCGUGGCCUCCUACCCAAUGGAGAAUCCCGUGCCCUUCACUCUGGAUAGUGUUGCAGAGACGGUCCACACUCUGUUUGCUGAGGACACCCCUGUGGUGCUGCAGCUGGCCCCAAGUGAUGAGAGGCUCUAUAUGCUGGGCAAAGCCAAUGCUGUGUUUGAGGACCUGCCAGUCACCCUGCAGCAGAUCCGUGCUCGCCUGUCUCAAGAUGGCUCUGUGCUCACCUCCCUGCCCCUCAACUCGCUCAGCCGCAACGUGGAGGCUGAUUUGCUGUUCCUGUCUGAGGUUCAAGUGCUGCAUGACAUCACGGCCCUGCUGCAGAGACACAGGCAUCUAGCCAAGGACCACUCCCCGGACCUAUACUCCUUGGAGCUGUCUGGCAUGGAAGAGCUGCGUCUGCACUAUGGCGCAGACUCUCCUCAGUACAGCGACGCUGCUUCCAUUCUGGCCUCGAUUCUACAGAAGUUUGGAGAGGAUAUGUACAGUCUGUAUGGUAACAGUUCAGUUGUGGAGGUUGUCACCGUGAAGAGCUUUGAGUCCCCCUUGACCAGGAAGUCCCGAUCCAUCCUCGAAUCCAAACAGAUUAGUAACCCUGACAGCCCAUAUAACCUGGCCUACAAGUACAACUUCCACUAUUCUGUGAUCUUCAACAUUGUGCUGUGGUUGAUGAUUGCUCUGGCCCUUGCCGUCAUCGCCAUUGCAUACAACCUAUGGAACAUGGACCCGGGCUAUGACAGCAUCAUCUAUAGGAUGACUAAUCAGAAGAUCCGGAUGGACUGAUUCACGUCUUUCGUCACUCCAACCGUCCAAUUAGAUUCCCCACUUGUGAAUGUUUGUUGUUCUGUGUGGUUUCCCUUUUAAGUAAGAAAAGUGAAAAAAAAUGUGGGUGAUGGAGGGUAGGAAGACCAAUGAUCGAAUUCCUCUGGUCCCUACUUUACACCUGACAUAUUUAAGAAAAAAAAAAACCAUAAGUGAUUAGUAUCAUUACAAAAUGUGUAUUUUUUUAACACUUAAAGGGCACUAGGAGAUGGCUGGCAUUGUCAGUACCAGAGGGGCACAAAAACUGGGGGCUAAAGCUGCUCUGCAGUUUAGUGAGUUAGCAAGGUUAAUAUUUCAUAAUUCGGACCGGCGCAUGACGAUAUUGCUGUCUUGGUUCAAGGUGUAUUUCUCCUAAAAUUCCACCCUUCAGUCACAUUGCUUAGACCAUUCCUCGACCUAAUUUCUCACCGGUCAUGUUGUUGUUGUUGUUUUUUUUGGUUUUUUUUUCUCCCAGUGAUUGUAUUUUUGUGUGUGUAAGUGGUGAUCAAUGUAAUGCUCUGAGAAAGAAAGAAAAAUGUAUGUGUGGUUGUUGUGUUUGUCUUGCUACAUGAAACUGUUUUAAGUUAAAUAAAUCUGUGUAUAUACUGGAAAUAGAAAUACAAUUGUAUGAGAAACUGCUGUAUUGUUAUUGUGAGAAGACUUGUAUGAUGUUUAUGCCAGGACGGUUGCGCCUUCCAUGGAUUCUUAAUGAUAAAUACAUGUCGAUUGGAAUAAAACAUGAUAAGAUGUUUUGCUGAUCGGAUUGGACUGUCAAAUAAUACUAUGAUAAAACCUGCAAAAUGCAGAAUAAAUUAUUGA